AUGGACAAACACAAUCUAACAGUGCUGAAUGAAUUCAUUCUGACGGGAAUCACAGACCGCCCAGAGCUGCAGGCGCCAUUGUUCGGGCUAUUCCUCAUCAUCUACGUGAUCUCAGUGGUGGGUAACUUGGGCAUCAUCAUCCUCACCAAGAUGGAUUCCAGGCUACAAACUCCCAUGUACUUUUUUCUCAGACACCUGGCUAUCACUGAUCUUGGUUAUUCAACAGCCAUGGGACCCAAAAUGCUAGCCAAUUUUGUUGUGGAUGAAAAUACAAUCUCCUAUUAUUUUUGUGCUACACAGCUAGCUUUCAUUAUUUUGUUCAUAAAUGGUGAACUUUUCAUUCUAUCAGCAAUGUCCUAUGACCGCUAUGUGGCCAUCUGUAACCCUCUGCUCUACUCAGUCACCAUGUCACAAAGGGUGUGUUGGGUGCUGGUGGCAAUCCUCUAUCUUUAUUGUGCAUUUGUUUCACUUCUUAUCACCAUAAUGAUUUUUAAUUUCUCCUUCUGUGGCUGCAAUGUCAUCAGUCAUUUCUACUGUGACCCGAACCCUUUGUUAUCUUUGCUCUGCUCAAACACACAUGAAAUUCAAUUGAUCCUUCUCAUCGCAGCAUCUAUUGAUGUGAUUACAUCCCUUUUAAUAGUGCUUGUUUCCUACCGGCUUGUUCUUGUAGCCAUUGUCAGGAUGAACUCAGCUGUGGGCAGGCACAAGGCCUUGUCCACCUGUGGAUCCCAGCUGACGGCAGUGAUAGUGUUCUAUGAGACCUUAAUCUUUACGUACAUGCAGCCCAAGUCCAGUCAUUCCUUUGAUGGUGAUAAAGUAGCUUCCAUAUUUUAUACCCUGGUUAUCCCCAUGUUGAAUCCCUUGAUUUAUAGCUUGAGGAGCAAAGACGUAAAAUAUGCCCUACAUAGGACAUGUAAAAAAAUAUGCAAAAUCUUUUCUAAAGUUUGA